AUGACUACAACAACUGGUAGAGGUAAGGGUGGUAAGGGUCUCGGAAAGGGUGGUGCUAAGAGACACAAGAAGGUCCUCAGAGAUAACAUUGCUGGUAUCACCAAGCCAGCCAUCAGAAGAUUGGCAAGAAGAGGAGGUGUGAAGCGUAUUUCUGGUCAAAUCUAUGAUGAGACUCGUACAGUCUUGAAGAACUUCUUGGAAAACGUUAUUAGAGAUGCUGUUACAUACACCGAACACGCUAGAAGAAAGACUGUUACAUCAAUGGACGUGGUUUAUGCCUUGAAGAGACAAGGAAGAACCCUCUAUGGUUUCGGAUAUUAA